AUGUCGCAACAACACCCACCGUUCACUUGUUGGGUAGAGUUUAGUAACAAGAAAGACGAACUCACCUUCGAGAACACCGCCAACUAUAAUCGUCUCAUCCAUGUCAUCAGAGGUUCCAAACAACUCGCUGUAGGUGACGGUUCUAUAGAUUUGUUCUCUGAUGCAGCCAAGACCAUUCAACUUGAUGUUGAGACUCCAGUCGAUAGGAAUCUUCAGCGAAUCUAUGUCGCCACCACUCAACCACAGCAAGGCAUACCACCAACAUUGUCAAACAUCAGUGAACAUUUACAAAAGACAUAUGGGGAUCCAAAGUCCACGGACAAGUUCACCUAUAACUUUACUCAAUUUAUAGGCCGACAAAAUAAUAUUAAUCAAAUCGUAUAUGCAGUUUGUAUGCGAUUUAAGACCAUGAAAUCAAACAUAAAGAGUGACCAAAGCAUGGUGGUGAUUGCUGGUCCCCCUGGAAUUGGAAAGAGUCGUAUCCUACAAGAAGUCCCUCGGCACUUGAUAUCAGCUGCUGAACUACCGAAACAUCAGAUCACGGUUGCUAUCUCCUUCAGCAAUGGUACACCUUUAGAGUCUACAGAGAUGUCUGCUGGAGUCGCCAUAUCCACACGAAUGCUGUACAGUUACUUUAUUGGAGGACUCGGUGUCAGCUUCAAACACUUUAUUAGCCAACUCGAAACCAAGUUCGUGUUGAGAGAUCUCACUCCAUCUUUGGCAUUGUCUAUCAUUGUCGAGCACUACAGAUUAACAAUCUCACCGGACAUUGACAUUGUCAAUGACAAGGAACAAUUGGCAAACUGGCAAAAACAACAACAGAUAAUGGUCUUGAUAGCUUUGGACGAAUUUCAGAAAGCACUCAUUGAAUCAGAUGAUCAUCAUAUCAGGAGGUCAUACCUCAAGAACGUUAUACUGGAAUUGUUGUCAUUAAGCAAGCAAGACACAACAACAACUGGGAUCUCAACACCAUCUGCUCUGUUGGAGAAAGGUACUUUUGUCUAUAUCAUGACGGCUGGUACCAUUCUUGAACCCAUUGACCAUAUCAUCAGCAAGGAUUUUGGAUUACCAUACACAUUCAUCUCGCUUCCUCUCUUGACAAGGGAGGAAUCUCGUAUCAUUCUCUUUGACUUCCUCUCAAAGUCCUCUAUGGGCAACACUAAUUCUGGCAGAAUUCCAAUACCUCCAUCAUUCCUCACAACACUGGAUACAACUGGGGGUUGGCCAAGACCCAUUGAGCUGUUCUUGAGAACUCUUGUUACCAAUCCUGCAGACAUUGACAAGCCAAAUACUCGACAUGAGAUCAAUUGGACAACAAUGGACGCCCCAGUUCGAAAGCUGUUCGAAGCUACUGUCACAGAGUUCGAUCGCACAUAUCCAAAGCUAACCUAUAAACCCUAUUUCGAUAUUAUAUUGUCACAUGCAAUCACUGAACAUCCAAUAUUAGCUCAAAGUCCGCUUGAUGAUGCGCCUUCAUACAUGAACUUGCAAAGCGAUGGACUCCUACUCCUCGAAGGCAACACAGUGCGGCUACCUUUCAUCUUCAUCCAUGUCUACGCCAUUCGCACCAACUUUAAAAGUCUCGUUCAGCUUACAAACUUCAUCAUUGAUAUGCGCCACGACGAGGAGUGGGAGACGUUUGUUGCCUUGUAUGACUUCGUUAGAGGUGUUUGCUUUGGAUAUAUUGGGGUAGUUCCAACCAUCGAUCAAUACUACCCCAAUGCCUACCUCUCCAACAGGACUUUAAAGGGAUGUCGUAUGAAAUGCAUCAAUUCUGGAGCACAUAUCUUUGCUCCUAAGAGGUAUCCAGAGAGUUGCGAAGAGUGGGAAAAGAAUAUCAUCAAGGAUCAAUUGGAAGAAGGAUAUUCUCUGUCUAAUUCAAAAGGAGCCUUGGUUGACUUUGUUCUUCGCAGAAAGAUCUGGAUCAACAACAAUUGGACUUGGAUAUGGAUACUGGGAGACGCCAAGUUUACAAGUGACGACAAAAUCUUGGAUUUCAAUUCAGUGGUCAAGCCAGUCUUGAAGAAAUGCGAAGAAGCCCAUAAGAACUUGGUCCCUAAGAGUUCUGAGGGCCCCAAUCAACCAAGUUCUGAUGUGCCUUUUGGUUACAUUGUCUUCAUCCCAACAAACAAAAGACUAAGCGAUAGUAUCACUGCAAUCAAGGAUUAUGACAAUGUCAUAAUCGUGUCCAAGGAAUACUUCAACUAUUUCUCUAAACCAUUCAGCUAUUUCACUAAAUAUGAUAACCUUUCAAUUUAUGAUGUACAUAGACAUCAUAAAGACCAAUUUGUAAAUUAA